AUGGUUCUCCUCGCAGAGAACGGAUCGAAAGGUUUGCGCGUUUUCGAUCUGUCGACAAACUACACGGAAGUGGAAGCUUUCAAACCUGAAACUGGAAAAGGUGUUAGACUUUUCGAAUGGAGCCACUGUGGAAAGCUCUUCGCUUACUGUAAUAAUAUCGAGACGAUUGUGAUCAACGUUGCUGACUGGUCCGUCGUUUCAAGACUUCCAAUUUCCCGCGCUGUUUUCUUCAAAUGGUCACCGAACGCCGACCAGUUGGUCACUUUCCAUCAAUACUACGAGACAAAAGACAACCCGAAUCCAGGCCCGAAUGUGAAAUUCUUCGCCAUUCCUUCUGGUGAAGAAAUGGGUGGUUUCAUUCACCGGGGGUCUGUAGAAGGUUGGGAGCCAAACUGGACGUCUGAUAGCAACUUCCUUCUUAGAAAGAUCGGACCUCAACUAAUGACUUAUGCUCGCUCUUCUCCUACAACAGUGCUGAAUAAACUGAAAGUGGACAACAUCAUGACACACUCCGUUGCCCCUGGUCGACCCCCAUACAAAGUAGCUGUCUUCGGAAAAAGCUCGAAAAAGGAGAUCCUGCUUUUUGGAAAAGAUCUUCUAGCUUUGACGGCAACAGAAACUUCUAGCGAGUCGUAUUAUGGCGAAAAUACGCUGUAUCUGCUGAAUGCCCAGAAGGGAGAAAGCCAAACUGUUGAAUUAAAGAAAAAGGGGCCUAUUUAUCACAUCGAGUGGUCUCCCGAUGGUGAUUUCUUCUGCGCUGUUUAUGGAUUUAUGCCGGCCAAGGCAACGUUGUACGAUAACAAGGGAAAUAUCAAAUUUGACUAUGGAACUGGCCCUAGAAAUACUUGCCAUUUCAAUCCACAAGGAAGUUUGCUGAUGAUCGCCGGCUUUGGGAAUCUCCGAGGGAAGAUGGAAUGUUGGGAUGUAAGGAAAAACGAGAAGAUAUCUGAACCUGAAGCUCCUGAUACAACGAAUUUCCACUGGUCACCAGAUGGGGAGCAUUAUAUAUGGGCUACGACAGCGCCACGACUUCGCGUUGGCAAUGGCUGGAAAAUUUCGCACUAUCACGGAGAACUAAAGCACGACAGCCCCUACCCGACUGGCGAAAAAGUCGAGCUGUGGUCGGUCGGUUUCCAGCCUAGCCCUCGCACACGUCAAUUUGAAAUAACGAAGCCAUCCAAACAGCUGAUACAGAAACAAGCGGCCGAGAAGCCGAAAGGAUACGUCCCGCCCCACGCGCGAGGACGCAAGGAUUACAAUGCUAAAAUCCGCGAAGACGAGAAACCCUCAGAUCCAAACGCCGCCAUCCAGGCGGUUAUUGACGCAAAAAACAACCCAAAGAGUGGACAGCCGGCGCUGACCGCAUCGCAAUUGAAGAAUAAAAAGCGAAAAGAGGCCAAGAAACGGCAAGCCGAAGAAAAAGCACAAGCAAAAGAAGAGGAAGCCAAGAAAAUCUCGGAACCAACUGCUCCAACGAGCGGCAAAAGUGACGCCGAACGCGAAGCUCGCAAAAUUCAAAAGAAGCUGAACGCAAUCGAGGGGCUGAAAAAGCGCGUGGCAGCUGGAGAGACACUGGAAAAGGAUCAACUCGAGAAGAUUAAGAAUGAGGAAGCUUUGAGAGACGAAUUGCAGAAAUUGCAAAUUUAA